AUGCACUUCGUCUACAAGCUCGCUCUCCUCGCCUGCGUCGCCUACUUCGUUACGAUCCCAUUCGUUGACGCUUGCCAGAGCUCGCACAGCUCCACCAACUCGUCGAACAGCACCGGCCGCAAGAAGCGCGAGGCUUCCCAGGAUGUCAUUGUCGUCCUGAUCACCACCGAGGUCUACGAUGCGUCGAGCACGGAGGCCGCCCUGCAGGUGUUCAAGGAUGAGCUGACCGCCUUCGCCCGCGAGCAGAACGUGCCCAAGACCGACAAGCCGAUCACCACCGAGGCCGUCAACGUUGCCGGCAACUUUGCUGCCAAGUUCACCGUCAAGGGCGGCGACUGCGAGAAGGCGUCCGGCUUUGUCCAGAAGGCCGUCGACCAGAUCGAUGGAGUGAGCGGCGGCAUCGUUACCUGCGCCACCGGCAACCCGAAGAUCUUCCAGAAGAAGAAC